AUAAGAAUAAGCCCUUUGAUUUAAUUAACGGUUAUGUAUAAAAGUUUAUGUAAUAGGUCAAAUGAUGGGUCAAUAAUUGACUAUCUAAUUUCUUUUUGUCCUUUUAGAUAAAAAAAAUACUGCUUAAUUAGAUUUCAAAUAUCAUAACUCAUGAAUAAAAAAUAAAAAAAUGUAUCCAAUAAUUGAUGUGCUCAUUCUAUGAAUCCCUCACAAAUCAACAUCAAUCGUUAUGUAAUUAGAUCACAUUCAUAGGAAUGAUAGAAACAUUAUUAUGAGAAGUGGAAGAACUCAAAGCUAGCCGUCCUUUUAAAAAUACUCCAUUGCACGUCUAAAAUAACAUGAAUAGUGGAGUCGUGCAUACCACUUUAUUUAACGAUCCAUCACUUUUGUUUUUUUUUUUUUUUUUUUUUUUUUUUGAAAAACUAUUCUUUCUAUAUCAUCAUCAUAUAUAUUGCAUGCAUAACAUCAUACUACAACAUCUACCUCCAUAUUAAAGCUCUAAUAUUAUCUACUAGUUCCUCGAAGGAGCUGAAAAAAAAAUUUAAAAAUACAAGAAAACAAGAAAAAAAAAAUGAAGCUUCAUGCAAAUUUUGGGCUAGUCAUGCUAACCCUAGGGCUAGUCUUGGUUUCAACACCAAUGGCUCAAUGUGCUACUAUCUUUGGCGUCAAAGUAGAGAAUCCCUUUUCAAAACCUUCAAAAGAACAACCAAUGGGUGACUCUCCCGCAUUGUCACCCAGCUUUGGUCCUGCACUGGCUCCUGCUCCCGGUCCUUCUAUGAGUUCUAGACGUUCAGGUCCAUUUUGGUUUUCCACGACUGCUACUUCUGGUUUGGUUGUUGGUUUCUACGAUGACAAAUGCAAUUCUGAUGUUGAGGACAUCAUUGAUGUCCUUUGCCAAGAGGAGUUUGAUCAGGAUCCUACUAUUCUUCCUGCCCUUCUUCGUCUCCAGUUUCAUGAUUGUUUUGUCCAUGGUUGUGAUGCAUCCAUCCUUAUCGACGGAACAUCAACUGAGAAGACUUCAGACUCUAAUGGUGGUGUAAGGGGAUAUGAAUUUAUCGAAAAAUUGAAGACCGCAAUCGAAUCAGAAUGUCCUGGUGUUGUCUCUUGUGCUGACAUUAUUGCUGUUGCUACUAAAGUGCUUAUUAGGCUGGGAGGAGGACUUGACUUUCCCGUAGAAACAGGACGUAGGGAUGGACUUGUUUCCAUUUCCGCAGAUGUGAACCUUCCAAAUCCUUCCAUGACCGUCGAGGAAGCUGCUGCUGUAUUCGCAGCCAAGAACUUCACCGUCGAAGAGAUGGUUAUCCUUCUAGGUUACCACUCUGUUGGAAAUGCACACUGUAAAUUCUUCGAAAAACGGCUCUACGAAGACACCGGCGAAUUCGACUCAGAGAUGGACCUAAGCCUUCUAAACAAGUUAAGAAAAGUUUGUCCUCAAAACCAAGAUACAACCAACAACAUCGCUCUCCUUAACCAAGAUUUUACCAACAACAACACAUUGAACAACCGUUUCUACGGUGAGCUCAUCGGAAACCGGGGAGUUCUCAAACUCGAUCAAGAAUUGUCCCGUGAUCCUGCAAGUUCUGCCUUCGUUUCGGCUUUGUCGCAAAAUAGUACAUUGUUCAACAUUAGGAAGGCAGAAGUCAUGAUCAAGCUGCAAGCUGUUGAGGUUCUUACAGGCAGUCAAGGUGAAAUUAGGAAAGUUUGCAGCAGCUUUAACUAAGAGUUCUAAGCUAGCCCGAACCCCUUUUAUACGUUAAUUAUUUAAUUAUUGUCCUAAUCAUACUUAUUUGAAGAUUUAAUUUGUUGACAUUUUUAACAACAUUGUAUUUUGUAUUGUCUUUUUGACAUAUUUCCUGGUUUUCGAGAUUACAUACAUCUCAACUAUAUAUGGAGUUCUUGACAAAUCAUGAUUGUCUAUUAAUUCCUCCCCUU